CAGAGCUCCAGACUCCAGACUCCAAACUAAACUCCAGCUUUUAGCUUCGCGUCAGUCGCGUUCCGCCCGUCUUGGUCAGCGUACGCGUCGUGACGCUCCUUCGCGCGUCCGAUCAGUCGUCGCACGCGGUGCCGGCUUUUCGUCUCGUUGUCGUCGUCUCUUCUUUCGUUUAUUUAGCACGUCUUCUAUCACGUGGUCCAUACGCGUGCGGGUGCGUGUUUCACGCUCGCGCAACUUUUGACUCACUUCUUCUCGUUUAUGCCACUACAAACAGUACAAACGUCAUCCGCUGCGGGACGACUCGCAUUAGAUAUCGAAUUUCCCGAUUACCUCAUUCCGGAAAUUUUUCCGAUCUCACAAGAUUCUCAAGAACGGAAGACUGAAAAAUCUUCAACCAUGAACGGGGUAUCGAGUCAGUGCGCGAAGCUGAAGAUGUACGAUGACGAGGACGACAAGCCGAUAAUGAUUAAGAAGCCCUUACCGCUGAAAACUGUUUCCUGGAGCGACAAUAUCGAGGAAAGCGAUCUGGACGUUCCAGGAACACCCAGAACACCACGUACAUCCACGACAAAAGGUCAUGAGAAGUGCAUGUUUCAUCACGAUUUGGAGCUGGACCACCGACCGCCCACGCGAGAGGCCAUGUUACCGGAAAUGUCCCGAAGUUACAAGUUACUCUUGAGUUCGUUGGGUGAAGAUCCGGAACGGCAGGGACUCUUGAAGACGCCGGAACGCGCCGCGAAAGCUAUGCUCUUCUUCACUAAGGGAUACGAUCAAAGCCUCGAAGACGUAAUAAACGAUGCAGUAUUCGAUGAGGAUCACGACGAGAUGGUGGUGGUAAAAGACAUCGAGAUGUUCUCCAUGUGCGAGCAUCAUUUGGUACCCUUCUACGGCAAAGUGUCGAUUGGUUAUCUACCUUGCAAGAAGAUUUUGGGUCUUAGUAAACUCGCCAGGAUCGUAGAAAUCUUUAGCAGACGUCUUCAAGUGCAGGAGCGACUUACGAAGCAAAUCGCGAUAGCAGUUACGAAAGCUGUGCAGCCUGCAGGAGUCGCCGUCGUGGUUGAAGGAGUGCACAUGUGCAUGGUGAUGAGAGGCGUGCAGAAGAUCAACAGCAAGACAGUGACCUCGACGAUGCUGGGCGUGUUCCGGGACGAUCCAAAGACUCGCGAGGAAUUUCUGAAUCUGGUACACAACAAAUAGACAGUCAAACGCAUCGCGGUAUCAUCAGCAUCACUGGCCGUGGGACCACUAAUUAAUUAAUUUAACAUUGCAUGAUAUGCCGAUCGCGACCGCCGUUCCCCUGGCUUCAUCAUCCGAUUACUACCUCAUUGCGAGGGUCUCGUUCAAGGGAUUUCGUCGCCACGACACUUACUCGUAUACAUUCCCUUUAUUUCCUAAAAAAGAAAAUAGUGUCCCGGCGACGGUCCUCGUGUUUCUAUCGAAACAUGAUCGGGAAAAUUUAGAGCGAUCACUAUCCAAGUUGACCAAGCGCGAAUGGAUAGUGACACGCUUAACGUACGUCCCUCGCUGAUAAGGGCGCGUUUAAACUGCUAAUGUGAGUGACAUUGACAAUAGCGAUGAUGAUGACGCAUCAUAGUCAUCUGUGAAAACGUUCGCGAAUUUUGAGAUGAUAAUGAUACGGAACUCGCGAACUGUUUAUCGCAGAGCAAGCAGGACAACGACGUGGAACGUGUGAGUUCUGGUAUGAAGGAGCAGCGAAUAAAUAGCAAUUUGUCUGUAAAAACGUAUAAAUAUUUAAUGCGAUAAGGAAUAUUGUAACGUAAAUAAGUCGCUGCUGGAUCAGCGAUAAUUUCCUGCCGAAAUAGCCUCUAUUCACUGCUCCUUUAAAGAACCUCGUUGCUUACAAAGAAACGUUUUUUAGAAAAUUUGUCAUCGAAAACUUCCGGCCGGCAUAAAAUUCGCACAUCCAAGAGUCGACGCGCUUCUCGUGACAAUAAAUUAUACACUCUAUAUAUCGUAUCGUUAGUAAAAUUUUUCAAAGAGAUUGCGCUCGACUUUUUUGCCUGUUUAUGUCGAUCGCGAGUUUCGAGAUUCAAUUUUAUUUUGUUUGCACGAUAUUCGACAUUUUAUCGCAGAUUUUGCGAAACUUGACAGCCACGAGUUUCGCAUUAUUGCAUAAUCGCAAAAUUGUCUAUUUUAUUCAUCAUAUGUAUACCGUAUUUGGUAAUAAAUGGAUUUUAUAAUUAUAAGGAGAAUUUAAACAAUAUUUUAAAAUUCAGAAUUGGACGACGAUUAUUUUUUACGCACACAUUUUUUAAAGCUAACAUUAAAUAUCUUCACGAUUUGAUGAACGAUUUUCGAAAUUUAAAUUUAAAAAAAUCUUUUCAAAAUUGAUUAGGAAAUAAAGUUUUGUUAUAUAUUUGCAACUUUCUGAAGCGGACAGUAUAUUUUAAAAAUGCAUUUAUACAUAUUACCGAAUACUUUAUAUAUAUAUAUUUUUCAAGUGAGCGAUUGUUUUGUAUUUUUAUUUGGAUUGCAAAUUUAAAAAAAAUUGCAAAAAACGUCGCUAAAUGCGCACUGCUUCAGCCAUGCACUGCGCAUUAUCGUGACGAAUUCUAAUGGAAAAUAUUAUUUUCUAAGUGCACACCGUAUUUGCCUCAUCUAUCAAGAUGGUUUCCGGGGAAAGUUAAAUUAUAUCCUCGAAGAACAUUCUCGAUCAUCAAUGUUUACAUAUCAUUAAACUAAAAGCUGAUCGAUCAUUAAACUCAAAUUCAUUUUGCGUGUUCUAUAUUAAUUUUGCAAGUGAAAAUAUUAUUAUCGCAAAUUUAUGUGUUCAUAUUUAAAUUCAUGUAUGUGAUUAUAUUCAUAAUUUAUAAGGAUAUUUUAUUUGUGGGGAUGUAAAGAUUUACGUAUAAAAGAUAUAUUAUGUUCACAGCACUUUACUUUGCGUACUUAUGGCUAGUCCAAGAGUUUUGCGUUGCAUCGAAAAUUUUAAUUAUAUAUUUUAACCAUAUAAUAUAAUAAGAUGUAUAUUUUAAUUUAUAUUAUGCACAUAUCGAUUUUGUUAAAAUAUGUGAUUGGAAACUUCCUGCCUCAACAGACUGAAGUGACACGAGCUUCGGUAUAUAUUCUCCGGUAUAUUAUACUUUCUAGUACGAAAAAAGGUGGAGGGAAAUAUUCACGUUAUUACUUACGAGAAAGUGAUUGUUCAAUAUUUGUAAUAUUUUUCUGACGAUAUUACAUAAAGUGUUAUAUUUAUAUUUUCAA